GGACCAGAACUGUUUGCUUUCGUUUCUUAGAUCUUGUUUUGAGGGUAUUGUCCGUGUUUUGGGUCAAAAUAUCUAUCGGUGGUGUCCAUUUUGCAUCAUAAAGUCUGUAAAGAGUACAGAAUGACAGGUCUCAGUUUCCUUUCAUUGAGUUUGGCUGCUGUAUUUUCCACAUAUUCAUCUACGCCUUGUUCGGUGCAUUCAUGAUACUUAUGGAUAUUGACAACGAUAUCAACCAGGUCUUAUCCUCAAGUAAAGUAACCAAGGAUUCAGAUCGUCAGGCACAUGUUUGCACUUCCACUGUACAAAACACCACUUGUACUUCAUCGAAGACAGUCCCAUUCUUUCCGCGUGUCUUACUUAGUGUGCAACAACCACUUUCUGGCUUGAUAAAUCAAACAAUAUUGCAACCUACUGGCCUCACUUCUUCAUCUGUUUCCGGAAUAAAUACCCCUCAACCACACAUUUCGAGUCUACCUAUGUCUGCUACGUCUGUCUCAUCUCCAAUAAAUACUACCAGUCAAUUUUUUCCUCUAAUAUUGGCUGCUACCUCUGCAAUGCAUGCACCAACGUCAAGUACAGCUACACCACUACAACUUCAUCUGAGUAGUUAUUCAACGAGUAAUAGUGUCACAUCAUCAAGUCAGGGUAUUUUUCUACAAACAAAUACCACGACUGCUGCAUCUUGUCUACCAAUACCAAAUGUAAUACACAGUCCUCCUCGGCCAAAUCCUUCUGUAGUCACCAGUGCUCCUUCAUCCACUGCACUUGUUGCUUCGUUGAUUGGUAAAACGUGCUCCACACCACCAUCGGUCGCAUCUGUUGUAAUAUCACCACAAGCGUCAAGUCACAUCCAACCGACACUUGCCUUAAGGUUUGCAUCUCGUACACCGUCUCACUGUGGAACUUCAGUUACUGCCACCGCAACAAACGCAAGUUCAUGCCCAUUGGUUUUUGAACCAUCUUCAACUAGUACCACAUCAUCACAAUCUCAAAGGUCACAUUGUUUGACCGCUUUAAACUUCCCUGCUCCUGCUUCUUGUGUAUCAGGCAGUCUGCUGAUGAGUUCUGCACUGUGUUCCACUUCUCGUGUUCUCAUUCAUAAACCACAAAAUGUCUCACAUUCCUCUUUGAUAGAAAAUCUCACAAGUUCGGCCCUCACCUCAACCAAUAAGAUGAGUUUAUCCUCUGAUCCUAAUUCAGGCUGCAUCAAUUCUGUUAGUUUGUCAAAUUCAACUAUCGUUUUGCACGACCAGACAAGUUCUCAUUCCUCACAAGCAUCAAAAGCGAAAUUGGUCAAUUUUUCUACACCACUAUCUGCUACUGUUCGUUUAAUUACGCCUCCAUCUACUGUAUGCACCACUACAAAGUCUACUUGCAGUCUGUCUUCCUCUGGCGGCAAUGUUGUGUCUUUCUCAGCGUCACUUCCACAGACAGGGAUGCUGACAUCAAGACCUUCCGUAUCAAGUACAGGUAGUGUAUGGUCAGGAUUAACGGUGAAUCCAAAUGUUUCAAUCGUUUCUGCGCCAGCUGGUAAUGUUGUCACUAUUCAAUCGUCACAGUCUCUUAUUGUUCAAGCUCCAUCUGAUAUGUCUGUGCAGUCAACUAUAACUAAUUCAUCAUCUUUAAAUCCAAGUUUAAUGAUGUCUCUCCGAAGUCUUCCUGGGAGUUCGUCGACAGCUGGGCCUACCCUACCGUUAAGUGCAGCUAAUCAUACAGUACUGGCCUUCAAUUUAGCAAAUUCAAGUGUACAUAGUCCUACUGCAUCCACAAACGCAACCGGAAUGUUUACAAAUCCUGUACGUCAAUUAAGUCCUUGCAAUUCGACUUCCCCACUGAUAGUUCGUGCUAGUGGACCUUCAGGUGUUGGAUAUAUACCAAGCACUAGUUCAGCUUCUAUUGGCCCGGCAUCACUUCUGAAAUCGUUUAAUUUAAGUAGUGGAAGUACUGGAUCAUCUGUUACAACUUCUAAUACGCCUGUGAUGCCACACAUUUUACCUGUUAAUAUCGCUCCCGCCAAAUUGACUCCAUUACAGCCAUCGGUGACUAUUUCUUCAACCUCUUCAGUAUCUCAAACGCGAUCAAACUUUUCUCAAAAUACAUCUGUUUGUGUUAGUUCCCACCGACUUCCUACUUCAUCAAUUUUUUCUCAACCUAGUCGGAAAAGAGCACGUAAGCAGCAACUUGCCUCAUCUUUCUCAUCUGUAAUGGUUACUCCAGUUUCUGUUGUUUCAUCUGCCACCGCACCAACCUCGGUUAGUAUGAAUAGUAUAGCAAAUCCAUGUACUCUUAGUUCUGUGGUGUCAGGUUGCCGCAAUGUUUUACCGUCAACAACUACGUUAGUUGCCAUGGCUAAACCAAAUAUUCAACAUCAGUUUACUCAACCAGUGUGUAGCAGUCAAGUGACGCAUUCUCCCCAAAUAUCAGGUAAUUCUGUCCGGUCAAGUGUUGCAGCGGUUGAUUCUGUUUACCGGAAUACAUCAACGACCAUUUCAUCAGUCAGUUGCUCCACGAAUGUUAGUCCAUCUAAUAGUAGUGGACUCAUGGGUCUCCGCUUAGUAUCGGUACGCACAACUCCGACUACAUCAAUUGCCAGUACCAAUUCUAUUUUACUAAAUACUACUUGUUUUCAGUCGUCAUCUGCAGGUAGUUUUGGAACACGUGUCUGUACAGCUGAUAGUUCACUGAUCAUGGUUACGUCACCGUCUCAUACUGUGUCUUCUGGUGGACACUUACGCACAUCAAAUUCACAUUGUUCACAGGCUUCAGAUAUCCAGCAAACCCAAGCAGCUGCAGUAUAUGUCUUAACCACCUCAGUCUAUCCAAUUCUAAGCACAACGACUGUUACUCCAUCUAAUUCUAGCACUGCAAUCGAGCCAGCGUGUUCUACCUCAAGUAGCCUAAGUUCUGUUGUAGUUUCGGGAGCAACAAAUAACAUCCUUCAAGUACGAUUUAAACAUUCACCACCACCAAACACUAGUUCUGUUAUUUUGCCUGAAAUUCAAGAGUCUAAGGUCCAAUCCACUUCUACUCCAAAUAUUCUUUCUACUGACCUGUGUCCAAUAUCUGAUAUUCCUAAAUCAAUAAUUUCGGAGGAUCCAAAGUUUCACACCGUUCUUCAUUCUGGCAAGUCUUACAGAUCUUCUGAAUCAAAUUCUCUUUUGCAUCAUUUAGUGUCUACUUUAAAACAAUGUCAUCAAGUUGAUUCUACUACUUCUACUACUACUACUGCUGCUGCUACUGCUACUACUACUACUACCACUACAGAUGUUUACCAUUUCAAUAAUAAUAAUACUGAUUUCAUAAAAAAAUCCAACAUUCCUUCUACCAGUUUGGAAUUAUCAUCGUCUGCUGCUACUACUUCUACUACUACUACAAAUGUAUGCUUGGCAACUGAUUUAGAAGAAACAGUGAAACAGUCUAAAUCUUCAAACAGUUUGGAGUCAAAUGAAAAGCGUAAUUUCUUUGAUCUAAUUAAAGAUAAUUCUAAUUCUGAGAAAUACUUUAAUCAGUGUAUUGAUGACUAUCAUGAAGAUGACAAUACCGAUGAUAAUAAUAGUGGGAAUGAUAAAAGUAAAACAGUACCACUACCUACUGCCACUACUACUGCUACUCACAGUAGUGUAGUACCACUACGCAAAAAAAGAACUAAAAAUGAUUUAGAAGUAGAUACUACGGAGCAGACAGUAAAUGAAUCUCCUUCAACUAGUAUAGAUAAUCAUCACAACAAUAAAACUUCAAAAACUGGUAUUCUAUGGGCUGUAGAUCCAGUGGAUGGAUGUGAAUGGAUACUUCACGGUAGACCACCUAGACCAUCUAUUAUUCCUAAAUAUGGAUCAUCUAAUAGUCGACUGGGUGGUGCUUAUCGUUCGAAGACUACUCAUUUUCUCAAUCUUUCCGAAGUUUCUGUAAAGUCGCAGUCGAAACGUGCCAACACUUAUGAAUCAUCUCGAAGAGCGGGUUCGUAUUCUACUCGCCGUCGACGUCGUUCAUUGAUCACUGGUUCACGUAUUGAUUCUGUAAAUCAGAAAAAAGGGAGUAAAGAUUCUGGGAGUUUAGAUGGUCUGAAUGCUUCGGAAGAAUCAAGUGCAGCAAAACGUUUAGUGCAGGACAUUUUGGCUUUACGUAGUGAACAAAAAGACUGUGGAUUUUUAAGGUUCCCGUUAACUGAGACGUCAAUGUUAAAUACUUCGGGUUGGAGAGUUUUUCGCUGUACAGAUAAUUUAGAUUUACUGGCAUACACUGAACUGCAAACCCUACAAAUUGUCGAAAACAUGGGGACUGCUUUAGAAAGAGAACUUGAUUUCAUCAAUGGUCAAGCUAAUGCCAGCUCUUUAUUAUCCUCUAGAAAUUCUUGGAGUUUUAGUAGACCUACGAAUUCUAUGGCAGCAAGUUCGCAGUCGCAUUUUCCAAACAAACUUGUUUUAACUAGUCAAUUCAACAGAGCCUUUGAAUAUAUUAAAGGUAUUUCUCAACGCAAACGAUGUCUGCUUGAUUCACUCCAAAGAAUGAAUUCUGUAACGAAAAACUUGGUUCAACAUUUCAGUCUUUCUGUUAAUCAGAUUAUUGAAGAGCUAGAAAAUAGUGCUAAUAAUUCUUCAAAAUCUCUUUCGCCAUCAUCAUCUUCAAAAACAAAUUUAGAUUCCAACACUGUCUCUAAUUCAUUGAAUUUACGAAGAUCUUGUCGAAAACAUUCACCUAACAAUACUAGUACUAAUGUACGACAAGUUCGACGUCGAAGUACAGCAGCCAGUAGCACUACUAGUAGCUCGAAACAUUCAGCCUUGCUAAUUAAAAACUCACCGAAUGCUUGUCCAGGAACAAGUUCUCAAGGACUUAUUUGCAAUGUUGCAAUAUUUCUGAAUGUAACAAAAUCAUCAAAAAAGAGAUAG